GCUUUUGCGAAGCAAAAAUGUCUGCCUAAGGGAAACUCGUAACUGAUAUAUAGAGGAUAUUUUCUCUGGAUUUCCAUUUUUAACCCACAGUCCGCUAUUUUGAGGCACACACCAAGAAAGCGAGCCUUCACCAGAUCACCCUAGUCGGGAUUUUAAUCGGAAAAAGGUUUCUAGCUCGUCAGGAUGAAUCCUCAGCAGCGGAUUGCCGCUCUCGGAACAGACAAGGAAUUAAGUGACCUGCUGGACUUCAGUGCGAUGUUCUCUCCGCCUGUAAACGGAGGGAAGAACCGGCCAACCACUCUUGGAAGCAGUCAGUUCAGUGCACCAGGUGUGGAGGAGCGGACCAACCAAGCAUCUUGGGCCCCAGGUGGCGAGUCCAGUCCCUCGUAUGAGUCCUCCGGGGGUUUUGCUGACAGCCCUCAUUACGGCGAUCAUCUGAGUGACAGACGAUUAGUGACCAAUGAAGGAUUGUCCCCAACACCUUUUAUGAACUCCAACAUAAUGGGUAAAUCACAGAGGGCUUCAUUUCUUGGCUUUGGGAGGGAUCCUGGAGCAUCAGGAUGCCAGUCCUCUGUACGGCCGGACAUUGGCUUGGCGAGUCCGAGUCCAGCGACUCCGUCGGUGAAGUCAUCAGCUCCCUUAUACUCCUUCACUGCAGCCAAUCCUAGAAGACGUUCUCUACAAGAUGCUCCACCUGUCGAUCCUCUACAAACAAAAAAGGUUCGAAAGGUCCCUCCUGGCCUGCCUUCAUCUGUGUAUGCACCGUCUCCAAACUCGGAGGACUUCAACAGAGAUUCUCCCUCGUACUCCUCUCCCAAACCCUCCAGCAGUAUGUUUGCAAGCACUUUCUUUGAUGGUACCCACAGUUCAUCUGAUCCCUGGAACUCGUCCAACGGGAUCAGUCAGCCAGGCUACGGGGGAAUGCUCGCAGGAUCUUCAUCUCACCUGCCACAGUCAGGAAACUACAACAGCCUGCAAGCACACGACCGUUUGAAUUACCCCACACACUCAGUCUCUCCAGAGAUCAAUGCCAGUCUUCCUCCCAUGUCCAGCUUCCACCGGAGCAACAGCAACACUUCACCAUUCGUUACGGCAUCGCACACGCCGUCAAGCAACUCAGCCAACGGGGUCAUGGCGGCUGCAAAUCGAGGGAAUGCCACUGGAAGCUCACAGACUGGAGACGCACUGGGCAAGGCUUUAGCCUCGAUUUACUCACCUGACCACACUAACAGCAGUUUUCCAUCCAACCCGUCGACACCUGUGGGGUCUCCCUCACCUCUGACUGCCACAGCAGGGGCUGCAUCAGCAGGUACCGUGGUGACUGCAUCCAGCACCCCGUCUGGAAGGCCAGGUACCAACCAGUGGCCCCGUACCAGUGGACAGACCCCUUCCUCUCCAAAUUAUGAGAACUCCCUUCACUCGCUGAAAAACAGAGUUCAUCAGCAGUUACAUGAGCAUCUCCAGGAUGCCAUGUCUUUCUUAAAGGAUGUCUGCGAGUCUCGAAUGGAGGAUCGUCUGGACAGACUGGAUGAUGCAAUCCUCGUUCUAAGGAACCAUGCCGUGGGCUCCACCGCCAGUCUGCCCAGUGACUUGCAGAGUCUGCUGGGACAGGCGCAAAAUGGGCCAAUCGCAGCAAUUGGAGCAAACUUCCCUGCCUCUGCAUUGGUUGCAAAUCGGACAGCAGCAAUGCAGGGUGGUGCCCACGCUGAUGAUGCCGUCGGUCUCAACAAUAGCCAUGGAGGUCUGCCCAGCACCUGCUCUACAUCCACCGCAGAACUCAACCAACAGUUGGAAGCAUUCAGAGGUCUUACUUCAGCCCUGGCUGGCCAUCUGCCUGCCGCCCUGGAGCUGAAGGUGGAGAAACAGGACAAGGAUGAGAUGGAGGAUAACCUCUCUGCUGAUGACAGGUCUGAUGAUGAGAGCGACAAAAGAGAUAUGAGGACACCCAGACCUGGCACACGUACAAGCAUCACUGAAGAUGAGGACCUGAAUCCGGAGCAGAAGGCUGAGCGUGAGCGUGAGAGGAGGAUGGCCAACAACGCUCGUGAACGCCUGAGGGUGCGGGACAUUAACGAGGCCUUCAAGGAGCUGGGUCGCAUGUGUCAGCUGCACUUAAAGAGCGAGAAGCCCCAGACCAAACUGCUCAUCCUCCACCAGGCCGUGGCUGUCAUACUUAACUUGGAGCAGCAAGUCAGAGAGCGGAAUUUGAACCCCAAAGCAGCCUGCCUUAAGAGGAGGGAGGAGGAGAAGGUGUCCAGAGGCUCCAUUGAUGCUCAACAAGCUCACACAGGGGUCCAUUCAGGCCUGACUGAUGCAUCCAACCCCAUGGGCCACCUCUGAGUAGCAGACAGAUCAAAAUGAUCCAGAACAUUUCUGUCCCAUUUGAGUCAGUGUUCUUGCUUACCAGUGACAGACAGGACUCUCAGUUUGUGAAACCAGUUGGAGGAGACAGACCACUUGAAGGAAAACUACGAGGCUCACACAAACCAAUCCUUUGAUUGAAGAAUGAAACAGGCGUCCAGCUUCCAGUUACCAGUUUUCAUCUGCAAAUUUCUUCCCAAAAAGAAAAAAAAAAAAAACCUUCAGCACAUAUCAAUGUCUGCAAGAAGUGUGUUGCUUCUGAACAAUCAGAGACUUCGCAAUCUCCUCCAACCGUUCAUGGAAAUUGCCUUGUGCCUAUUGACGAAUGCAUUGUAAGAGCAAUUGUUCUUUUGUUUGUCUGGUUCUUUUUUUUUCUAUUUAUUAUGUUACUGAGCUAUAAAGUGUAUGUCUAAAGGGAAAGUGAAGCAAAUUCAGAGAGAAAUAUGCAGCUUUUCAGUUGAUCUAUUGUUUGCCAGUGUCACCGUUAAAACUGAGCACUCCACCCUCAUAAAUCUUUGGCGAGUCUCGAGAUGAGGGGGAACUAUUUGGGCACUGAAAGGAUUAAUUUAUUGGCCAUUUUUUGAGUCAUAUUUAUACCCAACUGACACGAUAAUUUGCUGUUUGGAUAGAAGACGUAAAUGCGCCCCUUGUUCAAAGAAAAAGAUUAUAUAUUAUUUAUAUUUAUAUUUUUUAAAUUCUGCCACUGGCCACACGCAUAACCAAAACUACCUAUGUUUGUUUCUGUGUAGUUUAGAUACGUUUCUGUGCUACUGACAGGCCGACUACAUUAGCGUCAUCAAUAUUGUCUUCAAAGGUGACAGGCGAAGUGCAAACUCUAGGUUUACUGAAAGCUAAGUUAGAGUCUUUUUGUGUCCUCGGUAGUGAGCAGCAGAAUUACAGAGAGCAAUCUACUUGCAAACCUUUGCAUUCCCUGAAGUUUGUAGUGUCUUAACUAAAGGAAAAAGGGGAAGUUGUUGUCCUCCUUCGCCAUAUAGUGUUAAAUGUAAGCAGUGAGUUUUUUUUUUGUUUUCAGGUUCUUGUCUUUGAUUAGCAUCCUGACAGUCACUGGUCAGCUCAGAAGUGGCUUUUUUUUUUUCUUUUUUUUUUGUGCUUUUCUCGCCACCAGCUAAUCAGAGACUGCUUGAUGAAGAUUUAGUCAUAUUAAAAAAACAAACGACGACCACACUUUCUCCUGGCCUGAUGAACACAUAACCUGUAUUUUCUCUCUUCAUUUCUCCAGACAUUUUAUGUCAAAAGCAGUUAUUCUUUAGUUAUGCUUAUUUGUGUUGUAACGAGUCAUUUCUUUACACUUCCAGCAUAUCAAUGUGCAGUUUCAGUUAGAGGAGACAAUAUCUUUUUCAAUUAUGUUUUCAAACAAGCCGUGUUACACUAAGAAGCCAGAGUAGAUAUUUCAUGGGCUUUGUGGGAUAUCUUAGAACUGUAGCAUAAUAAUGAACAAACUAGUUAUCAGGAUUUACUUUUUUAUGCUUCAUGGUCAUGGCUUUAUUUUGCUUUCCUUUUCAAAGUGUGCAUGCUUUACGUUUCUCCUUUUAUUUAGUCUUUGGUCUUAAGACUUGCUUUAUAUUCCAUUUAUUUUUUUGUACAUUGUCUCCUAUCAUUAUCUACACUUCAAACAAGGCUCACACAUUCGGAAAUUCUUUUUCACCACACAAAAAGGGACUUCAGCCAAUUCAAAAGACGCCACACAAAAAGUUUACAUUAAGAUUUAUCAUUUGACCACUAAAAAACUUUUUUUUUGGGGGGGGAUUGUUUGUUCUCUGAAUGAAUGUGGCCUUGUUUGUCAUUUCAGUAUUUAAGACUUGUAUACCUGUCAGCAGACUUUGAUUGAGGGUAUAAUGUAUGCCACUUCCUGCUCUCUUUCCUUCCCUUGUUCAUUUUCUGUUUUUUCCCUAUACGUUUUUGCUCCUCUGUUUGCCAAGUUAGACUUUUUGCUGUAUUCCCAGACACUUUCCCUUGUAUAAUAUAUGAAGGAAAAAAAGGAAAUCAAAAGGAAAAAAACAUCAACAUUUGGCUUAUUUUUCACUGUAGUUAGUCUUUUAUACAAUAAUACUGUAAGAAUAUUUCUUGAAUUCUAAAUAUUACUCUUUCUAGAUUUUUGAAAGCAAAAGUUUUGAGUAAAAAGUUUCUUACUUUAUUUUACUAUAUUAGAUAGUAAAAUGUACGGUUAUUUACAAUAACCUGUCCGUGAUUACAGGAAAUUUUCAAAAAGCAUCUCAAGAACAUGGCUGAAUUUUUGCUCGUAGUUGAGUACUUCAUAAAGCUUCGUACGAGCUCCAGAUUCAUAAAAGCGAGACCGUGCUCUUCUUCUCUGGUCUCAUUGUCAGUUCAUAAAAGAUUUGUUCCUGUGUCAAAUCAAAAAAAACUAUUGUCGAUGCAUACAUUACAAAACUGCAACAAUGGGAAUUUGAAUUUUCUGUCUUUUUCAACAGAAAAAACACAAUGUAUAUAACAUUUAUGUUGCAAUAAAUGUGCCAUCUUUUUUACACUAAUUUGUAUGUGCAUUUCUUUCUCUCACUGAGCAAACACGUUUGUUUCUUUCCCGUCUCCAUAUUCAUAUGUCCUCUCCAUAAUGUUUUAUUUUUUUUAAAGGCACAGGAAGGAUGAUGUAGGAUGAGCUCAGAAACAAGUGGUAAAUAAAACGUCCUUAAUGUUUUUGUUUUUUCCAGACAUUUCUACAGUGGAUUUAGGCCAAAUGAGUGUUUUAUAGUAUGUAACUCAUUUUUGAAAAUACUACCAGUGGACCAUUUUAGUCUGUAUGGAAAGUGCUAUGAAUAUAUGUUUCUAUUUUUAAUAAAGUGUGAUAGCAGCGUA